AGGCCGCAGCAGUACUACGUGUACGUGGUUGACUUUGUCGUACAUGUACAUGUAGAUGUAGUAAAUAAGUAUUUACAUCAUAUUACAGAGAAUAAAUAGUAAUCCUCGUGCUCGUCGUGACGUUCACUUUCAUCCCUUUAUUCUGAGAUAAGAAGUAUUAGGAUUAUUCGGUUUGAAACUGAAGAAAAUGCAGUCGCCUGUCUGCCUCUGCUCGUCUUCUCGUCCAAGCUUUACUGGUGCACUCUGCUACGAAUUCGUUUCCUGACGCUACUUCUAGAGGAACUCCAACAUCAUUACGCUAGCCACGCUCAAACAACAGCACCUUGACGGCUAACUUCUGCAUCGCCACACAAACACAAUCAAGUAGAAGAACGAGGCCUCUUCUUAUAAUACUGAAAACCUUCAACUUCAAGUUGUUCAACUUGAACCCUAAGUAGGACGCAAAAUGGGCCGCAAGAAAACGGUGAAGGGGGACCCUAACAUUGGUCCUGACGGGAAGAGGAGGUUCAAGUACUGGAAUUUUUAUGAUGACAAGGAGUUCGACACUGAGGAACAGCUUAUUCAGUACCAACGACAACGACACUUCCGGUGUACGAUGUGCGGGUUGAAAGCACACUCGGCAGGGGCGUUGGGGGUAUAAUUUCUAGUAGUAAAAAUUCUAUGACUGUCAUCAUUUUUUUCGUUUUUGUUUGCUUUUUUCUCUAACAUAGAUAGAAGAUGUAAUUGAUGCAUUAUCUUUAUCAUCUAGGCCGAAAGACAUGAGCAAAUGGGCCUUUUUUCCUCCUGUCCCCCCUACAAACAAAGUGUUCGUUAUUAGUCUAAAUUUUUGCUCUAGUACGGAGCUAGUCUACUAUGACUGCGCAUGAUCAUCUUUCUUUCCGCAUUCUCAGGUCCACAUGGAGCAAGUGCACCACCAGAGGCUGAACGCAGUACCAAAUGCGCUGCCCGAUCGAAAUAAUCCAAGCAUGAUGAUUAUAGGUACUUUUUUCUACAACAAACUUUUACGAGCUCUUCAAGAACAGGGUCAGUAGUGUUGCUCUACCUUAUAUUAAUUGAAUAUGAAUAAUCUUAUAGAUGAACUACUUGUAACUUGAGGUAUUGGCUAUCGCUAUCAAAUACAACUACACCAGGCAUCAAAGGCGUUCCUCCGCAUAUGCUGAUGGAGAAAGCAGAGGGAACGGAUUUUGAGAAGCAGGCUAUGAGAAUCGUGGAACACGAGAUGGAGAAAGUGAAAAGUUUUUCAAGCUUGCCCGGUCUUCCUGUACCUCCUGCACCCAGUGCCUCAGGAGUUGCUACUAGUGGAGGAGAUCUUCUGGCUGGGAAAGGAAUGAGUGGACCUUCUUCAGCCUCUAGUAGUGCUGCCAAUAUUUCUUCUUCUAAUACUACAGGAGCUUCUUCCUCCACAACUGGAGGAAUGCCACCUUUACCUACUUCUAUGCCCAACAUGGCCGCGUCAAAAAUCAACAUGCCUGGUGCUGGAGCGUUCGGUCCUCCAACAUCGAUACCCGGUUUAUUAAGGCAGCAGCUACCCCUAAUCCAUCUUCGGUACUAGGAUCUCACUCAGAGGCGUUUACUUUCAAUGGGAAAAGAAGCUGCCUCAGGAUGCACGACCUCGAGUUCCUCGAGAUGGAUUAUGGUCGUGAGCGCUGCUAAGUUUACCACCGAUGCCUAUGCCCCCAAAUGGCCUUCUGCCACCACUUCCUGGGCUGCCGUUUCCUCCAGGAAUGGGAAUGCCAGGAAUGGGAAUGCCACAGAUGAUGAAUCCUAAUCCAAUGAUGAUGCUACCACCGGGAAUGAUGGGCACCGGAAUGAAUCCACAACCAGGUGGGCAACCUGGAGGAAUGGGAGGACAACCUGUAUGAAAAAAAAAGUGUACUUAUCAAUCUAUUAUACUCAUAAAACAACCAGUUAGUUUUUACCUCUAGAGAAUUAGCCCUUCCAACAAUAUACUCAAGAAACUAUAGCUUCUGGCACUGGUUCUGUAGAACAGAAUGGAAGAAGUGGAAAAGUGGCUGAAAAUUUUCUGAGGAAGAUGAGUACACAACUUUUUCCUGUCAUAUUAAGCUGGAAUGGGAGGUGCUGGACAACCUAGUAGCAUGAACGGAAUAGGAGGUGGCGGUGGAAGUCACCCAAGUGGUGGUGCGCCGAGAAGUCCCGGUGGAGGGAAGAAUACGGUACUUUAUUACGUUUUUCUUUUCCUAGUUAGCUUGGCUCCACCAGUUUUAUUACCACGUCACAUCAUGUUGGACAUGAUCUAGCGGGCUACUCUUCGUUGUUCAGUAUCUCGGAUAUUCUGAUCAGUUACUUGCUUAUUUCAGUUCUUUAUCGAAUAAUAGGCUAAUAAAGGUGUUCUUGUUACCGUUCGUUUUGCCUUCCUGAAGGGGGAAAGGCAUAACGAACGGGGUAAACGAACACCAAAAGCCUACCUCGUCUAAGACAUCAUUGACAUUCAUUGUAUUGUUCUGCAACAUUUUGCUGCAAUUCCUCUUCGUUGUAAAAAUAUCUCCUCGUCCUCACCAGAUUAACUUUCGAGUACAAGAAUAUUAUCGUGCUCCUUACCAUAACUAGUGCAACAUCUUCAACACAUAUGGUGCCAAAAUCUCUUAUCAUUCUCAAGCUUCUCAAGUAGAAAAGAGCGAAUCUGAUACCGGAUUUUGGUUUCAUCACACACCACCUUAACUACACAUGAUCAACAUCUUCACAUCAAAUUAAUACAGAAGUCUGGUGGUGCUGGGACAAGCGCCAAUGCCAUUCCGCUUGGCAGAGGCCGUGGAGGUUUUGGUCCUCCUGCAGCCACAGCGGGAGGGAAAAUAGGUGGAAGCUUUUCUACUGCUGGAGAGCUGCCUAGUAGCACAGCCGCGAGUUUGAAUGGACUGAAUGGACCACCUCCUCAAAUGCCAGGAAUGGGAUUUCCAGGGAUGCGGGGAGGUUCAUCUGCAAAUGAGAUGGGUCUGGCACCAGCGCCAAAGAAAGCGGCUGGGCUACCGCCAGCGGGAAUGUCAGGUUUUAUGAUUUAUUUUUUUUGUAGCUAGCAUGCAUAUUCUUGUGUAGCUUAAAUACUGCAGUUGAUGAACUACAACUACAUUCUAUCUCAGAAUCUUUCAAUCUAUCACAACUUUGUCUUAUCGCAGCCCUUGGUAUCGGAGCUUCAUCUUGAACCUACCACUACGACUACCCUCUCCGUCCUCACUCCACACCAGGUGACCAUCAUCGUGCACCCGAUCAGCAUCAUAGACGUGACCGCAGUCGAGGUCGUAGGGACAGUAGACGACGCGACGAUAGUCGCGGUCGUCGCAGUAGGUCUAGAGGACGUGGCGGACACGGAAGAGCAGACUCUAGAGAGCGAAGGCGUGGUGGUGAACAUGCUCAAAAUCAACAACACGAACAACAACAGCAGAUGAUGAACGACAGGAUCCAUGGGGAUGAUCCUAACAUCAAUAGCAUGAUGAGCAUGAACACCAUGCAAACCAUGCAAAGCGCCACUUCUACUAGAGGAGGUCCACCGCCUGCAGCCGGUACAUCAGUGUAUUCAGGGCAAGCGACGACUGCUGCGGCUGCUGCUGCUAAUGCUUUAUUGGCCUUCAGCACGCAGGCUCCCGCUGAUCCGAGUAAGCAAGUGUUGAGAUUCGCUUACGAGUACGUGUCGCCUGAAGAGAUUAGGGCACAAAAAAGCUUUAGAUUGCCGAUUCGCUUUGCAGAACCUCCUCCGCAACAGAUUGCGAGUAAGUGAUCGUGCCUGUGGUUUGAUGUGUAUUGUUAAGAUAGACAAGAUCGCAUAGCACCAGCACGUACUCUUGAAGGUUUUGCUUUUCCUGUUUGUGUGGCCUUACGCAGGUUCCUCUUUACAGAAUGCUUGCAUGGGUGGAAGUCCUCAUGUGCAAGCAAUAACAUGAACGUCAUGAGAUCCGUUUUUUCUCAUGUGAUCGAUCCUUCUACACUACACCAGUUCAAAAGUGGAUGCUCCCCCGUACCAUCUUUUGACGCACCCAACUCGAAUUGAUCUCGUCCCGUCAUGUUUUUACUCAAGCUUUUGCGAACAUGUUGUUAGACGAAACCGUGGCUGCCGUGAAGUACACGAG